AUGAGUGGAAUCCAUCGGUUUCUGACGCGUCGCGAUCGGCACAAUAAGUUGAACAAGCAAAGCAAAGAAGAGGCAUCUAAUAUACUUUCGCGUCCUCUAUUCCAUGGAAUCUUCAAGUCAGAGACGACUCUGGCUGAUAGUGACGAGCAUGAGAAGAAGGUCAAAGCCAUUGCUCAGCGGAUUAAACAACUUGGAAUCACCGCGUUAGAUGAAGAGCACAUGAAAUAUGCAUUGCGAACCGCACAAGGCGACACAGAGAAGGCAUUUAGCCUGCUACUUCUGCUAGAGGACUCGAUCGAAGGAAUCAUCAGGAAUUACACACCCAAUACCAAGCUCCUAGGCGCAGAGAAUCGCCAGGGAGUCACAUGCUAUUUGGACGCGCUGUUGUUCGCCAUGUUUGCGCGCCUCGAUUGCUUUGAGGCCAUUCUUUACAAAUCAUUUAAUGAUGAGCCUCGUCGAAAGCUUGCAAUCCUUCUGAGACUAUGGGUAAAUCUGCUGCGAUCGGGAAAACUCAUCACCACAGACAUGACGAAACACCUGCAGGAUGCCCUGGCAGAAUGUGGUUGGGAAGAUGCGGCCAAACUUCAGCAACAGGAUGCCUCCGAAGCAUUCACCUUCAUCACUGAAAAGUUGGAGCUGCCACUGUUGACUUUGAAGAUGGACAUCUAUCAUACUGGAAAAGAGGAUGAAAGUGAUGACCAUAAAUUUAUCAACGAGAGGCUUCUCGAGGUUGCGAUACCACCUGAGCCAACUGAUGGACACUCACUCACACUGGAAGAUUGCCUGGAAGCUUACUUCAAUAACAUGAUUGAAGUUAAACGACACAUGCAACGACGCAACACCACUAGCUCAAUCAGAUCAAUGGAUUCACUCUCUAUGUCCAAGGGGUCCACAUCACAUGUCGAAGCAGUGGAGAUCGAGACCACACCCACCAUGUCCCGCGCUCAAACAAAUUCACCCCGGGCUGAAAAAAAAACCCCCUGGUCAUCGUUCACCGAGUUCACUGAAGCCCUUGAGGCAUCUCGGACACCUGGCCGACGUGGUAGUAUUGUUCGACAGCGGUUCUUUCCCGACUCGGGUGGCGAUACAAACACCAGAGAUACCAAUCCAGAGAAGGAUCCCGGUGCAGAUCAGGAUACCAGUGGAAAUACCCAACAACGAAAGGGUUCAUACAAGAAAGAAGUCAUGAUGCCUGCGUGGCAAUUUUUCAGCUUAAUACCGUGGUAUACCGAUAAUACGCCAACAAACGAUGCGCAAGUUGCAGCCCAUUUUUCCUCAAAACGGCCGAUUCUUGGGAUGUGUUUGAAACGUUAUUCCUUUUUGCCAGACGGAAGGGCAGUCAGACUCAAUACACACAUUGAUAUACCAACCGAGAUCGGCCUGCCUCACUUCAUCCAAGAUGAUAACUUGGAUGCGGAUGCUCCUCUCUUUGGAAGUUUUAAACUCUCCUUGCAAGCUCUUGUUUGUCAUCGGGGUAACUCAGUUGACUCGGGGCAUUACAUUUCCAUUGUUCGAGGUACCAAUUGCCCCAACACCGGCACUCCUGUCACUACCGGCCCAGAAGUCCCGGAGACAACAAAACACUGGAUGCGAUUCGACGAUCUCGCAGCAGAACGAGUGACACUGGUCGACAUUGACCACGCAUUGAAAACCGAAUCUCCUUAUCUUCUGUUCUAUCAAAUUCUUCCUAUCGGUGAAGAUCCAUCUGCGCCCAACAUUCCGAAUGCACCAUCAUCUCGAGCGUCAGACGGCAGUACACUAGCCGACCAAGCAGAUUUUAGUGUUGAAGACCUUUCCGCUGACCGACCCAGUGUUGAGGUCACGGGGCCAUGUGAGAGUAAUGCGCAAACUUUAGCUAGUAUCGCAAGGCGAUCCAGCAUUGCAUUCUCAGAAACCAGCAACCCGGUCGGUCUUCACCCGCGCUCUAUUCCAUCUUCGUCACCUAGGCUGGCACCGAUGGAAGAAGGAAGCACAAAAGGGACAUCGUUCUCGCGCCGUGGGUCUCGCUCGGCCAAGAGCAAUCCCGGAAGCCGUGCCGGUAGCCAAACGGGUGAAAAUAGAAUCAGUGCCACUUUUUCACGCUUUGCUGAACGGCUUAGCCGGGAUAGAAUUAGCAAUGAUGGAUUUGCCGAGGAGAAUGAAGGGAAUGAGUCUGCAUUGGAAAUUGAUGACACUGUGGACGAUAUGAAACUUGGGCCGGCCGCCUUUGAGAACAAGGAGAAGCGUGGAAGAGGCCGAACGAAGGAUCGUGAGAGGAAUAAAGGGAAGGCAAAGGAGAAAUCCAAGGAGAAGACCAGGAAAUUGGAUCGGGAAUGUGUAGUGAUGUGA